AUGGCCUCCCACAACAUGGGCGGGCCCUUCACCUUCAACGCCCACGAUGCCGUCGAGAGCAAGACAUCGGGCGCCCAGCCCCAGGAGCGCCCGGGUGCCCGCAAGAGGCGUCAUUCGCACUUUGUCCAGCGCCGCAAGUCCAUCGUCAACCACAUUAUGGAGAGCGAGGAGGGCAUCCUGCUAAAGCUGGACCUGUUUCUGACUGAGCUGGAGAAGCGUCUGGAGUACUGGGAGAACUAUGGCGAGCUCAAAUUGGAUUCGAGCAUCUCGGCCGCCUUUAACACGCUACAGGCGGUGCGCACACGUUGCUCGCAGGUCUCUGAGGAGGUCAUGGGUGCCGGUCGUAGGAGGCUGCACGUUAUGGUGGAAACUCUUGAGUCGCGCUACCACGAGGCCAUGGCAGCCGCCGGCUCGUUAAAUGAGAAGGCCAAGGUUGGCAUCGAGCUACUCGAUGGUAUGUUGCAAGAGAUGGAGGCUCGCGCAGCCAAGUUCCGAGAGAAGGGUUUGGCCAACGCCGAGGGCUUUAUCGACGAGGCCCAGCGUGUGUUUGAUGAGGGUAUCGAGCGUGCCAUCCGCGCCGCCGAGUCGCUCGAGGACCAUAUCCAGCGUGCCAUUGCUCGUGCCCGUGAGCAGGGCUUGCUGCGCUACGAGGAGCUGCCAGUCCCGUGGCGGAUCAACCCUCACAUCCUGCGCGGCUACCGCUUCUCCGAGACCAAGCUCGAUUGCAUCAAGUCGGCCUUUGGCUUCUCCAACGAGCUGGUCAACAUCUGGUCGCACGCCCUGGGCCUGCUGCUCGUCCUGGCCGUGGCCCUCUACUUCUACCCGCAGACGCCUAACUUUUCGCUCAGCACCAAAGCCGACGUCUUCGUCGCGGCCAUGUUCUUCUUCGCCGCCUGUCAGUGCCUGGUCUGCAGCAUCAUCUGGCACACUAUGAACUCGGUCGCCGACGUCAACCUCAUCUCCAUGUUCGCCUGCGUCGACUACACUGGCAUCUCGCUACUGAUCGCGGCGUCCAUCAUGACGACCGAGUACACUGCCUUCUACUGCGAGCCCGUCAGCCGCUGGAUCUACAUGACCACCACCAUGUUGCUCGGCAUCGGCGGCGUCAUCCUACCCUGGCAUCCUCGUUUUAAUGGACAAGAUAUGGCCUGGGCUCGCGUCGCCUUUUAUGUCGCCUUAUCGGCCACGGGCACUUUGCCUAUCCUGCAGCUGUCGCUCACACGCAGCUUUGCCUCGGUCAUUGAGUUCUACACGCCCAUUUGCAAGUCACUGCUGGUCUACUUCCUCGGCGCAUGCAUCUACGCCAGCAAGGUCCCCGAGCGUUGGUGUCCCGGCAUGUUUGACUACUUUGGCGGCAGCCAUAACCUGUGGCACAUUGCUGUCCUCGGUGGCAUCCUGUUCCAUUAUACCGCCAUGCAGUCGUUCUUCUCGCACGCUUUUGAGCUUGCGAAGGACGGGUGCACCGCUUAUUAA